UUUUGUUGUGUUAUGGUUUUGUCAAUUUGAAUUUUUACAAACAUGUUGAAACGAAAAUUGAAUGACAGUAUUGUGGAUCAUAUCAACGGGAACUGUGUUGCUACAGAAAGAGACUUGAAUUCUGUUUUCUUCAGCGUCUUAUACGGAGGAAAGAAAUGAAGUAAGCUUUCUCGUUUACUGUUUCUGUAAUAACUUAAUUGCCCAUAUAAUCGAAAAUGAAUUAUUUGACUUCUCGACGUGCGGCAGUGUGCCCAGAAUAUAGAGGGCAGUGACCUUCAGGAAGAGUGGUGAUGUUAUUGCAAAAAGUUUGCAGGAGAUUCCAACCAGCUUUUGUUAGAAAUCAUGGAUCAACAAUUCUGCCUGCGAUGGAACAAUCAUCCAACUAAUCUUACAGACGUAUUGAGCAAUUUGCUACAUAGACAGGCUCUUGUUGAUGUUACCCUGGCCUGUGAAGGUGAAACGUUUAAAGCGCAUCAGACAAUCCUAUCAGCCUGCAGCCCUUACUUUGAAAGAAUUUUCCUACAGAAUACUCAUCCUCAUCCAAUAAUAUUUCUGAGGGAUGUCCAUUACACAGAAAUGAGGGCCUUAUUGCAGUUCAUGUAUAAGGGAGAAGUGAACGUUAGUCAGAGUUUGUUACCGAUGUUUUUAAAAACUGCCGAAGCUUUGGAAAUUAGCGGUUUGACGCAAGGUGCUGUAAAGAAACCCGAAGACAGGACAAGUCCCACUCCCGCCGUCUCUCCAGCAAGAACAACGAUCGAAGAACGAAGUAGUGCCGGUAGUCCACCACCAGAGAAAAGGAAAAGAAAGACUUCUGGAAGUUGUGAAGUUCCCAUGACCGGGAACAAUAAUGAACGGUUCCUGGGAGAUACACAGAUGCCCCCACAGUGUAGUUACAAAACGAGCAGUGCGCCAGCUCCUCUACCUAAACUCCACCCCAUAUCAUCAGAAGUAGAUGAAGUUGUGGAUAUUGCAUCAUCACCUCCACCAAUCAAAGAAGAAGUUGACUCAAGUCCACAACCUGAUUUUAAGGAGUCUUUCCAUAAUGCUGGAGACAUAAAACCACCCCCUACGAAUGUGGCGUUUGGAAGAGAAGAAACAGAUGAAACCAUUGGCAUAACACCUUUCUCAGAAUCUGUCCACAAUUUGGAACCUCCACACAGGAGUGAUGAUCAGAUGGCAAGCUAUCAUCAGCAUUCGCCUAUUAAUUACCUUCACCCACAUGAAACACUGAAACAGUAUCUCGUCAAUCAGAAAUUGGAUUUACCAAAACUGGCAACACCAACAACAGGUGAAUUUUCUUCGCAGCAACAAGGAAGCACAACUCAAUCACCUCGAGUCAAACAGAGUCUGAGAGUAUGGAAGAAUCCAAAUUUGCUUGCAGGUUCUUCUGUGAAGGCGUCACCUGGCACAAGCCAGGGAAAUAGCAAAUCACGUGCUGCUAGUUCAAGGGUAGGUCAGAGUACAGCUGCAACAACAGGUGGGCAAGAAAUAUCUGUAAUACAAUCGGUGUCCACCAAAUCACAGAAGGGGUGGUCCACCAGUGGAAGUACGAUCUGUAAUUCUGGCACACCACAGCCUCGCAAAGGAGGUCGUUUCCGCCAUGGUUGGAUGGAGACUUUUGUGUGGCUUCAGUAUGAUGAACAACUCAAUACCAUGUUCUGCAAGUAUUGUCGGAAGUGGAGCAGUGCAGUUCCUGACAUACGAACUUCGUUUGCUGAAGGAAAUAGUAAUUUCAGACUUGAGAUUGUCAAUCACCAUGACAAGUGCAAGGCGCAUAGGCUGUGUAUGGAAAAAGAAGUAGAUUCUAAUGUGAAGAUUGAAACGUCUCAUACAAAUAGUUUUGAAUGAGAGUAGUGAGCUUGU